UCACUAAAAAUUUACCGGCAAAACUUGUCCUAUGUUAUAACUGAGAACUUGUCUGUAAAUUGGACGUUUUUGGUUGACGUAGCAGGUAAAAUUAAAAACGUUUUAGAGUAAGAGAGUACUCGAGGUACAAACCUUUUCUUCACAUCAGGAAAUGAACUACAUUUCCCAUGCAUACAGUAUAAGACACACGGAAGUGUUGACGAUUACGAAACAUGAACAGUUUUGUUCGCUUUUUCAAAACUAAUUAGUUCAAUCAAAUGGUGUAUUUUAAGUUAUUAAGUAACACAUUAUUUUCUUAGGGUUUUAAAAUUAAUUUAGUGUUGGUUUUUCUGCGUUUCCACAAAAAUGAUUUUCUUUAUUUGAUCAUAGCAUUCGCGUACUUGCAAAAGUGUUUCUCUUACUUGAUUGUUUAAAAGAACAGUUAAAAUAUAACGUGGAAUAAAAGUUUAGUUUUGACGAAGUAAAUAUUUCAUACUUAAAGGAAAGAGUUCCAAAGGUGUUGUAAGAUACAAUUCACUUUACCCAAGUAAUAACAACGAAGAAAGUACAGAACAACAGAGAACUGCACAUCAAAUUCUGAGUGAUAAUGGAGGAAGUGGAUGAAGACCUCAAGAAAUGUCAGCCAGUUGAGGACUUCGUAGGCGUUGCUGAUUUCUGUGCCACUGAAGACAAUCAGCUUAGCUUCACCACGGGAGACCGCCUGCGGGUUCAUGAUAGAACCUCACCAGAAUGGUGGUGGGCAGAGCUGUAUGGACUCUUUGGUUACGUCCCCUCCAGUUACGUCCGGCCAUGUAUCGAUGAAGAGGAUGUGGAUGAUGCCUGGCAGGAUGAAGAAUACUUUGGCAGCUAUGGAAGUUUGAAACUGCACCUGGAGAUGCUGUCAGACAAACCACGCACAGAGACGUACAGAGAAGUCGUCCUCAGCAACAGGCACUGCCUCGAGGGCCGUGUUGUGAUGGACCUCGGCUGUGGAACGGGGAUCAUCAGCCUCUUCUGCGCUCGACUCGCCGAGCCUGCGGCGGUGUACGCGGUGGAGGCCAGCCCCAUGGCCGACCAGACCCGAGAGCUGGUGACGCGCAACGGCUGCCAGAGCGUCGUGUCCGUGUUCAAGGGCCGCGUGGAAGAGCUGGCGCUGCCGGGGAAGGUGGACGUGCUCGUGUCCGAGUGGAUGGGCAACUGCCUGCUCUUUGAGUUCAUGGUGGAGUCGGUGCUGCUGGCUCGAGACCGCUGGCUGAAGGAGGGCGGGAUGAUGUGGCCGUCCUCUGCCGCGCUGAGCCUUGUUCCCUGCCAGGCCGAGGAGGAAUACCGCCGCAAGAUUGUCUUCUGGGAGAAGCCCUACGGUCUGGAUUUCAGUUGUCUGAAGUCCCUUGCUCAGAAAGAGUUCUUCUCCAAGCCCAAGUUCAGCCACGAGAUGAAGCCUGAAGAUUGUCUGUCUGCGCCCUGUGAUGUCCUGACCCUGGAUAUGCACUCUCUGCAGAUCCCCGAUCUUGAGAAGCUGAAGGGGGAGUUUUGCUUCAGAGUGGAAAAAUCAGGAACUUUUCAUGGCUUUGCUGCUUGGUUUAGUGUUCAGUUCCAAAGCCUAGACGAAGUGGGUCCUACGCUGGAGUUAAACACCGGACCACAUCACCCUCUGACCCAUUGGAAGCAGACGCUGCUCAUGCUGGACUCUCCCGUCUUCCUGCAUCAAGGGGAUUCUCUCUCUGGGAUGAUUCUGCUCCACCGGAACCCUGUCUGGCGGCGCCACAUGACUCUCUCUCUGCACUGGACCAUCAGGAGCACGCAGGACUCAGAAGCCUGCAAGACUGGACAGAAGAGUUUUCCGAUGUGGAGGUAGCCCAGUGAAGCUGGGUUUUACAGGAAGCAGAAAAUACUAUAAAUGCCAGAAGAUAACUCCUCAAGGUGACACUUUUCCCGUCAAGAGUGUUCUGUGAACACGUCCCGGGAGAAUUGCAGGUCUGCUGUUUCUUGGUUUGAUUAGUUGUUUUUUGUUUUCUUUUGAUAUUUAGGUUUUUUUCACGCUGGAAGGUUUUCUUAUUUGAGAUUUGUCAAGUAGGAUUUCCACACCAGCGUGUCUAAAUUUGGAAUCUGUACAGUACGCCUUUGUGAAAAUUAAGCACCGAACAUGGACAGAUAAAAUACAAUCGCGAUAACUUGAACUUUUGCAGACGUUACUAUCAGUAGCAGUGUUAAUAAAGAAAUACUGUUCUACGCUUUUUUAAAUGAACAUUUGGAAUUAAUGUUAUUGUUUUUUUAGAAUCAAACUUAAGAUGUUGCUGGCUAUAACAUUUUAUAGAAUAAGAUUAUUUCCUUCUCUGUCGUAUUUCAAUCCUCAGAAUCAAAACAUUGGCACUGCAAAUCCAAAAUAAAUCUGGUGCUUUUAUAUAAAAUAAUAUUCCAGUCAGUCCCUUGCCAUUAUUGGUUCUUUUCUAGAUGUGCCUCAAGACACUAUCAUUCAAAACAGAUUCGAGAAAUGGUCAAAAAACAAAUAGUUUAUGAUACCUAAGUAUUACCUAAGUGUAGUUAGGUUAAAAUUUGUUUAAUGUACGGAAUAAUGAAAAGGCUUCUCUUUUUAUUUUGAAAUUCUCUUCUGCUACCUCAAUUAAACUGCAUAUAAAAGGUAUUAGUAAAUUUGUUUUGGUUUUAAUUGUUUAUU